UGUGUAAUGAUUAACCGAUCCGAGGAAGGCGAGAAGAGCGAUACCACAACAGUUUUCAUAGGAAGUGACACACGAAUGCAACGUUAUAUAAACACACACACUGUCUUCAUUCAGAGCAAAGCGAAACAUGACUGGACCAAAAGGAGGAUACUACACGCGUGAAUUAGGGGAGCCACACAAGUUUGACCCCGCAUUCAGAGGACCGGUUCACAAAAGGGGCUGUACAGACGUCCUUUGCUGCGUGAUCUUCGUCAUCGUCAUCCUCGGCUACAUUGCUCUGGGAACAGUGGCAUGGAUGCAUGGGGACCCCCGGAAAGUUGUCUACCCAACAGACAGCUAUGGACAGUUCUGCGGACAGCAGGGCACUUCUAAUGCAAAUAAAGCCAUUUUAUUCUACUUCAAUAUUUUACAAUGUGCCAACCCUGCAGUCCUCAUUAACCUCCAGUGCCCUACAACUCAGUUAUGCGUGUCCAAGUGCCCGGACAGAUUCGCUACAUACAUAGACAUGCAAUACAGCUAUAGAUGGGAUAAGAGCUACUGGGAAUAUUACAAGCAAUUUUGCAAGCCAGGCUUUAAUAAUCCUGAUAAGCCUGUUGCUCAGGUGCUCAGGGAUGAAGACUGUCCCUCCAUGAUCGUGCCAAGCAGACCAUUUCUCCAGAGGUGCUUUCCUGAUUUCAUCACUAGAAACGGGACAUUAACUGUUGCCAACAAAACAAGUUUCAAAGACGGAAAUGGAAAAACAAGAAGCGUUGCUGAUCUAAGAGAUGCGGCGAAUGGGAUAACCAGCCUGCUGGAUGCCAAGGAGGUGGGCACCAAGAUCUUUGAGGAUUAUGCCAGCUCGUGGUUUUGGAUCCUAAUAGGUCUGGUGAUAAGCAUGCUGGUCAGUCUCGUGUUUAUUUUGCUGCUGAGGUUCACGGCUGGCGUUCUUUUCUGGUUGGUCAUCUUUGGGGUCAUCGCUGCAGUUGGAUAUGGAAUAUGGCAUUGUUACUGGGAAUACAGUUCACUGAAUGGAAAACCAGACUCUGAUGUCACCAUCUCAGACAUUGGAUUUCAGACUGACUUUAGGGUUUACCUGCAGCUGAGACAAACAUGGCUGAUUUUCAUGAUCUCAUUGGCUGUUAUUGAGGGCAUCAAUCUUGUGCUGAUAUUUCUGCGCAACAGAGUUCGUAUUGCAAUCGCUCUUCUGAAGGAGGGGAGCAAGGCGAUUGGUUGCAUUAUGUCUACACUUUUUUAUCCCAUCAUCACCUUCCUGCUGUUGGCUCUCUGUAUAGCAUACUGGGCUGUUACAGCUGUGUUUCUGGCAUCAUCUGGAGAUGCAGUGUACAAAGUAAUGUCAACACUACCCGACUGCAAGUAUACCAACAUCACAUGUGACCCAGAGACUUUCGGGCAAUCAAACGUGACCAAGCUGUGUCCGGGGUCCCAGUGUACAUUUGCAUUUUACGGCGGGGAGAGUUGGUACCAUCGAUACAUUUUUGCAUUUCAGCUCUGUAAUUUAUUUAUCUUCCUCUGGCUGGUCAAUUUCACCAUCGCCUUGGGCCAGUGCACCCUGGCCGGGGCCUUUGCCUCUUACUACUGGGCCCUGAGGAAGCCGGCAGACAUCCCACCCUGCCCCCUGGCUUCAUCCUUUGGCAGAGCUUUGAGGUAUCACACUGGCUCCAUUGCAUUUGGUGCUUUGAUCCUGUCAGUCGUGCAGUUCAUCCGGAUCAUUCUGGAGUAUCUCGACCACAAACUGAAAGGUGCUCACAACGCGUUCACGCGCUUCCUUCUGUGCUGCCUCAAAUGCUGUUUCUGGUGUCUUGAGCACUUCAUCAAGUUCAUGAACAGGAACGCUUACAUUAUGAUGGCGAUUUAUGGGAAGAAUUUCUGUGUGUCAGCGCGCGAUGCUUUCUUUCUGUUAAUGAGGAACGUUAUGAGAGUUGCUGUUCUGGACAAGGUGACAGAUUUUCUGUUGUUCUUGGGCAAACUGCUGAUCUCAGGGAGUAUAGGUGUCCUUGCCUUCUUUUUCUUCACCCGCAGAAUACCAGUAAUCCAGGAAGAGGUGCCGUCAUUAAAUUACUAUUGGGUCCCUCUACUGACUGUGAUAUUUGGAUCCUAUAUGAUUGCACAUGGAUUCUUCAACGUUUAUGCAAUGUGUGUGGAUACAUUGUUCCUCUGCUUCUUGAGUGAUCUGGAGAAGAACGACGGCUCAGCGUCACGUCCCUAUUACAUGGGCAGCAGCUUGCGGGCCAUCCUCAACAAGAAGAACCACAGGAGGCCAGAGGAGAAACAGAGAGGUGGAAAGAGAGACCGAAAAGGGCAUUGACUUUAAAGGCUGGUAACUUAAGCCCGAGCAGUAUUUUAUGGCCAAAUGUACAAAUAUGAGGGUUUCGGUUAUGGUGACUGGUCACAGAUAAGCAGGCCCACACACACACACAGCUCCAUGGAUUUCCACAUCCAUCAUUCACAAAUGUAAAUGUUCUUGUUAAAAAAAAGUGUAAAAAAAUUUGAGUAAAUGUUUUUUUGUGUCUUCUGCUACCAAAUAAGAGUGUCAUACAGUCUGCUAAGAAGCAACAUGGAGAUUUUAGCGGCAUCUAGCAGUGAGGUUGUGAGUUGCAACCUGUGAAGACAGUUAUUAUAUUGCAUUACAUUUCUGUCAAUAGAUCCUCCUUAAAUAUACACACUGGAUCUUUAUAUCCCGCUGAUUUUUUUCCUAAAAAUUAGUGCAGAAAACUUAAAAGAAAAAGGUCUGCUGAUUCUGUUUACAAAUGAUAAGCCUUUCUUACAACUAUACAGUGUUGUAUAAAUGUCGGUGGCAUAUCGCGACUAUGUUGCAUGACUUUAAGAUGCUUUUAAUUAUCCAUUUGAUGAAGUUAAUUUACUCCUUUUUACUUCCUCAACGCCGUUUAGAGAGAGGGACUCAUGUAACGAUUUUCUGUUCUAUAUAUGAAUAUCGCUUGCGUUCACACCCCUGUAGGGUGAAACUUCCACUUCUCUCAUAUUGAGAAAAUUACAGGUGACGUGCUAAUUCGCUAUUCACUACAUGAAAUAUUCCUAUCUUGUUUUAAGCUGUGGGUUAUAAUUGCAGUUCGGAUGAAGUGCCUCAAACACACAGCUCACAGCUCUUAAAUAUAACCACAUGUUGAUAUGAGCUCUUUUCUGCCGUGCAGAGCGUAUCAUUGUAUUUAUUCCCUGAUUAUUAUUUUUUGUUUGUUAAUCAUCCUUCUGGCUCAGAGUUUCUCGUCAGAUCGAUUUUUCUUGACCAUUGAGGUUACAACCCCAUUACUUUAGAGUCUGCCUUUAUUGUUUGUGACUGCUGCUCACACUUGAGCCACUUAAACCAACAAAAGACUUCUGGAUUGAAUUUUUUAUUAUUUAGCGUUACUUACUCUCGGUAGUGAUUUAGAAUUAUUUUUGCUCAUAAACAUGUAGAUUAAAUGAAGUAAUUUGCGUGCAUUUUAUUGAAUAAUGUUUGAAUUACUUUUAUGCAAAUUGAGCAAAAAUUCAUUCUUUGUUUCUUUUUAUAGUUUGAAAGGACUAUUUUGAAUAUUUUUCGGUUUAUUUUAUAACAACGUUUCAUUAUUUUAAAUACAUGUGCUGGAAUGUUAUUCAGGCAAAACUAUAUGAGUGGGCCAAGUAUUAGUGCUCUCUAAAGGUGUUAUAAACAAACUUUCUUUUGUCAAACCAUUUUGAACACUUUAAUUAUCUUCGUUAUUUGCUGUGUGCUAAACAUAUAUAAUUUUUUUUUUACUUAAGCCAUUUUGCAGUGCACAACGUUCUAUGAUGUAAUCGGAGUGCAUGCGACGACAUAAGUUUCAUAAAUAAAGAGUUUGU